UUAGAGUUCCACCAGUUCAGCGAAGGUCUCCAAAUGGACACUUUGCUGCAAAGGUAUUUCUUCCAUCCUGUGACUGGGGGCUAUUCGCCCCAGCAGUGGCAGCAGGAUGAGGAGCAACAGGGUAAGUCAGUGCCUAAGCAGAAGCCUCGAACACUAGACUCGCGGUUUGCCCAAGUGAAGGAAGAGCGAAUGCGGGUCUUUUCAGACAAGAACAAUGCUGUGCAACGCAAUGGCAAUGGUGGCUGGCAAAGUUCACCAUCGACAAGACGCCAGUUUGACAACUAAUUCCACAUUUGCUGAUAAGAUGGAGUCAUUCGGUUACACAUGAUGAGAUGGAGUCCUACAGUUGCAGCAUACCUUUUCUCCAAAGUUCAGCGCCAUUUUACAUU